AUGGCUGAAGACAUUCAGAGCGAGGAUGAUACGACUGAUGGUCAUGAUCACUCCUGUGAAAAUUCACCUCCACCUACCCCAAAGGACCCAAUUGCCGAACCAGAACCUGUCAAGCGUGGCGAGACGGCUUCAAAACUGAGUCAGGCAAAAAAGGCCUCUGUACAAAGACCCAAACACAAACAAUUGAAAGUUGACACCCUCACCGCUGAAGAACAAGUGAUGGAUUCUAGUUCUGAUGAAGACCCAAAUCAAACCCAGUCAAAGUCAACUCAAAGGUGGGGUGUCACCCGGCCUCCUGUUUCUCGCCGUGCAUUGGAUCCUGUGCCAUUGAUCGAUCCAUUGGUGGUGUGUGGUAAAGACCUCAAACACCUGGUCGCAACUUCAAUGCAACUGGGCAUUGCAGCUAAGCUGGAAAUGUUAUGA